GCUUCUCGUGGAUCGCCAGUUUCCGCACGCGCUCAUUCACGCUUCCUGUGUGGCUUUUCUCUCCCCCCCCUUCUCUCUCUCUCGGUUUUUUUUUUCUGCCGAAGAAGAAGGAGAAAUAAAAGAGCGUCGUUUUGAGGUGUUUCAGCAGCGCGACUGUCGCUCCGUGGGAGGAAAAGAAAUAACCAUAACUAUAUCGAGGAAUGGCUGCUGAAGUGAAUGGCAGCUCUGCUCCUGCAAAAGAAGAAGAGGAGCCAAUGGACGUCUCUGCGACACAUACAGAGACCUACCAGACCCUCAUUGAUGCUGGACUUCCCCAGAAAGUAGCGGAGAGCCUGGACAACAUCUUCCAGACUGGUUUGGUGGCUUAUGCUGACCUUGAUGAGCGGGCAUUAGAUGCGCUGCGGGAGUUUAAUGAAGAGGGAGCUCUGUCUGUACUGCAGCAAUUUAAAGAGAGCGAUUUGUCUCAUGUCCAGAAUAAGAGCGCUUUCCUUUGUGGUGUUAUGAAGACAUACAGACAGAGGGAAAAACAAGGCAGCAAAAUACAGGAAUCCACAAAAGGCCCUGACGAGUCAAAGAUAAAGGCUUUGCUGGAGAGGACAGCAUAUACCUUGGAUGUCACUACAGGCCAGAGGAAAUAUGGUGGCCCUCCCCCAGAGUCUGUCUUCUCAGGCACACAGCCUGGUAUUGGCACUGAGGUGUUUGUGGGAAAAAUUCCUCGGGACUUGUAUGAAGAUGAGCUGGUUCCACUGUUUGAGAAGGCUGGGCCUAUAUGGGACCUGAGGUUAAUGAUGGACCCUCUGUCCGGACAGAACCGCGGCUACGCAUUCAUCACCUUUUGCAGCAAAGACGCUGCACAGGAGGCUGUCAAACUGUGUGAUAAUUAUGAGAUCAGGCCAGGGAAGUAUUUGGGCGUCUGCAUCUCUGUAGCCAACAACAGGCUCUUUGUGGGCUCCAUUCCAAAGAACAAGACUAGGGAGAGCAUCCUGGAAGACUUUGGCAAAGUGACAGAGGGUCUACAAGAAGUGAUUCUGUACACACAAGCUGACGACAAGAAGAAGAACCGAGGUUUCUGCUUUCUAGAAUAUGAGGACCACAAGUCAGCAGCACAGGCACGCCGCCGCCUCAUGAGUGGCAAAAUUAAGGUGUGGGGCAACCCGGUGACCGUGGAGUGGGCCGAUCCAGUCGCAGAGCCUGACCCUGAGGUUAUGGCAAAGGUGAAGGUGCUGUUUGUCCGUAAACUAGCCACUUCUGUCACAGAGGAAUUGUUAGAGAAGACCUUCUCACAGUUUGGAAAACUGGAGCGUGUUAAGAAACUGAAAGAUUAUGCAUUCGUUCACUUUGAGGAGCGGGAUGCUGCUGUUAAGGCCAUGGAUGAAAUGAAUGGCAAAGAGCUUGGAGGAGAGGAGAUUGAGAUUGUCUUGGCUAAGCCUCCAGAUAAGAAGAGGAAAGAGCGGCAAGCUGCCCGACAGACCAGCAGAAACACAGGGUAUGAUGAUUACUACUACUACCCUCCACCUCGUAUGCCACCCCCAGGCCGCGGCCGUGGCCGAGGUGGUCGUGGUGGCUAUUCUUACCCACCCGAUUACUACGGCUAUGAAGAAUACUAUGACGACUACUACGGUUAUGAUUACCAUGACUACCGUGGUGGCUACGAUGAUCCCUACUAUGGCUAUGAAGAAGUGUACCCUAUAAGGGGACGUGGCAACCGUGGGAGCCGUGGAGCUCCGCCCCCUCCCAGAGCACGCGGGGUUCCCCCAGCACGUGGCAGAGGUGGCUACGCACCGAGGGGAGGCGCUCCCAUGGGGGCAGGCCGUGGAGGACGAGGUGGUGGACGAGGUGGCCCUUUUCAGUCGCCUAGGGGUGGACGUGGUACCAGGGGUGCCCGUGGGAACCGCGGCGGCAACGUGGGCGGCAAGAGAAAGGCAGAUGUGUUCAACCAACCGGAUUCCAAACGACGCCAGACAACCAAUCAGCAGAACUGGGGGUCGCAACCUAUCGCUCAACAACCGCUACAGCAAGGGGGCGAUUACUCCAGCAACUACUACAGCAACGACACCCUGGAGUUCUCCCAGGAUUCCUAUGGGCAGCAGUGGAAGUAGACGACACACACAUCACCCCCCAUAAAAAGAGUAUGUCAGUGACACAAUAAGGACACGCCCCAGAAUUGGCUUCACAAAUCCUGAUUGGCUGAAAGUACGUUUUGGCUGAAGACAAGAAUGUAUCUGUUCCUCCUCCUUCCCCUGAUUGGUUUGCUCUCUCUGUCUCUCACACACACACACACACACACACACACACACACACCAAAUGACUGGGACAUUUUUGUCUUAAAUCAUGCUCCACUUUUAUCCCUUCCAUUUGUUCUUUGUUUUAAAAGCCAGCAAUGAACAUUUUAAAGAAACAAGGACUUCGACUUCUAAAAGAAAAAAUAAAAGAAAAAAAGAGAAAAAAUCUGUGCGUUUAAAAUCAUGAAAUGGUCAUGCAGAAAGUUCCUGUCCAAACAUUCAUUCAACCCUCCCUUCCCUCCCCUUCAACACAUCCAUACUGUACACCCUCUUAUUACUCCCAAUCUCUUUUACUCUCUUUCUCUCGUUCUGUGGUUUUCUGAUAGUGGCAUAGGGUCUUGCUUGUAAAUAAUUGCUAUAACUAGAGCUUCAUUUUCCUUUUUUUGUCUUUUUUUCGGAAGUGGAGAAAAGAAUCCACGGGAAGGAGAAGAAGUUUUGUAGCUGGAAGUACCGUUUAAGUGUGUGUUUAGCAUUUCUAGAAGUAGUUAAAUUGUGUUUUUUAAAACCUGGCAUAACUUCAGACAUAUAUUUUUUCUUUUUUUUGAAAUUUGCUCGUUAGGACUUUGGUUUGGCUCACCUUAAGAGCCAUGACAGUUUGUUCUCUGAUGUUUGUAUUUAUAACUUUUAUUUUUUGUUUGUUCCGUUUCAAUAAAAACCUCAUCCGAGCAACAAUUGGUCAAGUAA